AUGUCGAAAUCAUCUCUCAACUCAAAUGCCCCCGUUUUCGUGCCUGGGAAGCCAUUUAUAUAUGCCCCCCCCAACGCCGAUGAUCGCUCCACAGCCACCCCUCCUCCCGUCUCCACACCCUCCCCCGAGCCUCAGCAGCAGCAGCAGCAGCAGCAGCAGCAGCAGCAGCAGCAGCUAGAGGAAUUAUGCAAAGGCAUGGAGGCAGCUUCAGUAGAGGAGAAGACAUGGGAAGAUGAAGGUGCAGCGCCUUAG